GCCGCGCCGCCCGCCAGCCAUGCGGGAGCGCCGGCGGGGCGGCGCCGUGGGGGCUACGGCCGACGGUAACGCCGACUGGAUGGGCUCGCUACCGCCCGCACUGCGCUCCCUGCCGCUCUCCAACCUCGCCAUCCCGGGAUCACAUGAUUCUUUCAGCUACUGGGUCGAUGAGAAAUCUCCAGUGGGACCAGACCAAGCAACAGCCAUCAAACGUUUGGCCAGAAUUUCCUUGGUUAGAAAGAUCAUGAAGAAAUGGUCAGUGACUCAAAAUUUGACUUUCAAAGAGCAGUUAGAAGGUGGGAUCCGCUACUUUGAUCUUCGUGUAUCUUCCAAACCUGGGGAAAUAGGACAAGAGAUUUACUUCAUACAUGGCUUGUUUGGCAUCAAAGUAUGGGAUGGGCUGAAGGAAAUGAAUAGUUUUCUUGAGCAGCACCCCAAGGAAGUAAUCUUCUUGGAUUUCAAUCAUUUCUAUGCCAUGGAUGACAGCCAUCACCACUUCUUGAUCAACAGGAUCCGCUCAGCAUUUGAAUCCAAACUUUGUUGUGUUGAAUGUGUAGAAUAUGUCACGUUACUGUACAUGUGGGAGAAGAAACACCAGGUUCUCAUAUUUUACCACCACCCUUUGUAUCAGGCAUAUCCCUUCCUGUGGCCAGGUAAUAAAAUGCCAGCACCAUGGGCUAAUACCACUAAUGUGCACAAACUGCUGCAGUUCCUGGAGACCACACUUGGGGAACGAAGUCGUUAUGGGACUUUCCAUGUAUCUCAAGCAAUUCUCACGCCUCGAGUGAAAACGAUUGCACGGCAUCUGAUUCGUGGUCUGAAGAACACACUUGUUCAUAGGAACCUGCCCAUGAUUUUGAAUUGGGUGAAAGCACAGAAGCCUGGUGUUAUGGGUGUUAACAUAAUUACAUCAGACUUUGUGGAGCUGGUUGAUUUUGCUGCUACAGUUAUUGCAUUGAACGACCUCCUUUUGGAAGAGGAUGAAUCUGCAACUUAAAUCCUGAUUGCUGUGUUCCACAUGUGCUCCUUAGUGGACAUCUUUGAACUAUGCUUAAUGUUUUACUUGUCAAGUGAAACCUAUUGUAAUCUCUCUCUAUGAAAAAAUGUUUCCUAGAGGAAACGUGGUUAAACAUCAUGUACAACCAGGUCCUUUCUCCUGGAGUCAUGUGGACCUGAGUUAGCCGAGUACUGUGUAUGUGUGCUGCUGUGUCUGUCUGUCUGUCUUUCUGUGUAUGUGUGCUCUGUGUGGCUGAGCUGUGCACACAUCUCCUGCUGACAGGGGCUGGCCUCUGGAGCAGAUGUACCCUAUUGUGGCACGCAUCUCCUCGGUGACCAUACUCCCAGCGCCUGCAUGUGUGCAUCCUGCCUGCUUCCCAUGGCCGGGGCUCACUCCAGGGAUCACUGCUGAUCCCCUUGGCAGCGUGACCAGGCUGACCGGGUGGAGCUGUUCUUGGGCCACCUCUAGCAUAGCUGAGUUCAGCUGGAGGGAGGCUCUACUCGUUAUGCUGUUUUAGACACUACCUCUGAAUUACUUGAAGAGACAAUACUGCUGUUGUUCAGGGCAAACCUGUUAACACUGUGUUAAAUAUCCAAACUGUCCUUUGGGCCUGAGAGGUGAAGGCUUGGCACAAUCUUUCUUCUUGACCUCUUUAUUUUACUUUAUUACUUCAAUAAAUUAGUUGCAACUGUGAUUAAGU